AUGGAGCAGAGCCGGACGGCUUCGGUUGGUGAGCUGAAUGCCAAUUGCGAGGCAAAGAUCAUGGCCGACGACGGAGUCACCGAGUUGGGGCGAAACCAACGUGGGGAGCUUUGGGUUCGAGGACAGAAUGUCAUGAAAGGUUACUGGCGCAAUCCAGAGGCAACCCGCGAGACAAAAACGUCGGACGGUUGGCUGAAGACAGGGGACAUCGCCUUCGUGGAUGACGAAGGCAAAUUCCACGUCGUUGACCGCAAGAAGGUAGGUGCCUUAGCCGCGAAAAUUGCCAUCGCCUCUUCUGGUCCAAUCGCAAGCCCCAAAUGCCAUGCUAACAGCGUGCCAGGAGUUGAUCAAAGUCAAAGGCAAUCAAGUUGCGCCGGCCGAGCUCGAGGCUCUCUUGUUGGAACAUUCUGCAGUUGCCGACGCUGCAGUCAUUGGCGUGCCAGUGUAAGUUCCCGAAACCUCCCUCUUCAGAGUGUGUGUGUGGCCACCUGCAAAAUCGCUAACGCAUCAAUCGUCGGCGAAUAG